CUCGUCGAACCCAAAUUGAGUUUCAAGAAAACCCAAUCAACUUCCAACGUCGAACCCAAAUUCAUAUUCAAGAAAACUUAAUACGACGAAGGCGUGGAAGGGAGGGCGGUCGCAGCGGUGGCGGAAAACGGGAGAACGAAAGGGGGAUUUGGUGUAGAGGAGAUAGAGCUUGGAGAUGGAUCCUAAAGCUACACCGCCGACUGGAUGGGCAUGUGAUUUGAUCUAUAAUCUGACCCAAAGAAGAUGGUGAGGAUGAGGAGAGGAGCGCGGAGAGGGCGGAAUCGGGCCGUCAAGGCCGAGCCCAGAUCUGGCGAUGGUGGAUUUUGAGAGAUUGAUUCCAAUGUUAAUGGGGUAUGAGUUAUCAGGAGUCCAAAGGGAAGUUAGGCACAAAGGAUAGUGAGGCACGAUAGUUGAAGUCUCCAAAGGGUAUCAGAGUUCCAAAGAAAAAAUGAGUAAAAUCAAAAGAAUGGAGACUACAACAUGAGAGAUAAUCUAGAGAUCUAAAGGUAGAAUGAUAUCUUAGAAGGGCGCUCUAGGAAAGAAGGUGUGAGUGAUGAGGAAUUAAUCGAUGGAAUAUUAUUAGAUUUGGUGAAAGAGCGGCAACUGGAAUCAUGAGAAGCUCACCAGAAGGAUGACCGGUAAAGUGCUCAAAUUUAUGCAAUCUGGUGUUUUUUAGUUCUUUUUUCUUUAUUCUCACAUGUAUAUCGAGUGAUUCAUGAGACCAACCAAUUUUGAGGAGGUGAAAUUUAAUCAAAGGUUGUUCCGCCGACCAGACAUAUGUUUCAUAUAUGCACAGACUUGGAAGCCCCGUUUUAGAGAGAAUGCUUCCACAUAAAUAACCCCCUCAAUUUGGUAAGCAUCUACGGCUAAGCAGACGACAUUCACUCAAAUUCGUCUUACCCAAACCCAACCUCCUAUUGAAACCACAACCAAAUCGUCAUCAUCAGAUUAAAUCCACUCACAAUCUUCUUCACCCAUUCUCAUCAAUUACAAGUAAUAUAUAGCCUUUCAUCUUCCCCUUUAAAGAGAAUUUUGGAUAAAGCAGCAGAAAAAAAAAUCUACAUGAAAAAUUCUUGCCAACUUCAAACAACCAUCAUCUUUCUCUUUAAUUUCCACAUGGGUUUCUCCUGCUUAACAGACCAAGGCAAGAAAAAGAAUAGGCAAUGCAGAAAAAUUCCCACAUGAAAUUUGACUUUGGGACAGCGGAUGGUUCAGAAAGCUAGGUUUGCAACCCCUUCAUGAGAAACCGGGAAAAGAAAAAAGGAUUAUUGAUCUGGCCGAAUCGUCGAUUAGGUCGAUUUUUUUUUUAAAAUUUUUUGUGACACUAGUACUAUCUCGUAUUACACACAACAGAUUGUCAUCCUAAAAUCUCAUGGUAAAAUAAGAUUUGCAUCAAUCAUUUUUUUUUUCUUUCUAAUAUGUGUAAAAAAUAAAUCCAGUAUCAAUUAUUAAGAAGAAGAAUUUAUUGCUUGCUGUGCCGCACGGUUGGCCCAACCCCAACUACUUUCAUUCCUCUCUUCACUCUUCCUCUUCUUCUUCUUUCUUCCCCCUUUUAGGAGCAGAUAGUAGGAAUUUAACACCAAAAAUCUCAGACCAAACAGAUCGACCAAUUCGGCACAGAAGUUCUAAGCCUGGAGGAGAAACAACAAGAAGUAUUGUUCUUAGUGGGCUGAGAAACAGCUUGCGAAUCUAGCUAGGAUGGCGAUGGAGUACUUGGUGAAGGUUGGAGAAGCAGAGAGCAGCAGCAGCAGGGGAGAAGGAAAGCCAAGUGCAGGGCCUGUUUACAGAAGCAUUUACGCCAAAGAUGGGCUCUUGGAAGUUCCUCCUCACCUCCAUUCCCCUUGGCAAUUCUUCAGUGAUUCAGUGGCUAAGUACCCGGACAAUCACAUGCUGGGAAGCCGCCAUGUCAUUGAUUCCAAGCAGGCAGGAUCAUAUGCAUGGCUCACUUACAAGCAAGUUUAUGAUUCUGCUCUGAGAAUUGGUUCUGCAAUGAGGAGGAGCCUUGGUGUUAACCCUGGUGAUCGGUGCGGUAUCUAUGGUUCCAACUCUCAUCAAUGGAUAACUGCAAUGGAGGCUUGUAACAGCCAGGCUGUGACUUAUGUCCCUCUCUAUGACACCCUUGGUGCCAAUGCUGUGGAGUUCAUCAUCAACCAUGCUGAAGUGUCCAUGGCCUUUGUUCAAGAGAACAAACUCCCUGCUGUUUUGUCCUGCCUCUCGAACUGCUGUUCGAACCUGAAAACCAUCAUCAGCUUUGGAGACAUCUCUGCCGUGCAGAAGAAGGAAGCCGAGGAGCUAGGAGUGUCGUGUUACUCGUGGGAAGAAUUUUCCCAGCUGGGGAGUUUGGAUUCCGAGCUACCUCCGAAACAGAAGACCGACAUCUGCACCAUAAUGUACACAAGUGGGACUACUGGAGAGCCUAAAGGAGUUAUCAUCACAAAUGGUGCUCUCAUGGCUGAAGUUCUUUCUGUUGAUCAUUUGCUCUCCCAGACUGACAGAGUGCUUGAUGAGGAAGAUUCAUACUUCUCUUUCUUACCUUUGGCUCACAUCUAUGACCAAGUGAUGGCGAACUACUGCAUUCACAAAGGUGCAUCCAUAGGAUUCUGGCAAGGGGAUGUAAGAUUCUUGAUGGAGGAUCUUCAGGAGUUGAAGCCAACCAUGCUUUGUGGGGUUCCUAGAGUUUACGAGCGCAUUUACAGCGGUACAAUGAGCAAGGUCUCAUCAUCAGGAGCAAUAAGGAAAAAGCUCUUUGAUUUCGCGUAUUCUUACAAGCUUGGAAAUCUUGAGAAGGGGUUUGCACAAGCCAAAGCUGCGCCAUUCUUCGACAAGCUCAUCUUCGAAAAGACCAAGCAAGCAUUGGGAGGCCGAGUUAGAAUUCUGUUAUCUGGAGCUGCACCUUUGCCUCGCCAUGUCGAGGACUUCCUAAGAGUCAUAUCCUGCUCCACAUUAUCACAAGGCUACGGGCUCACCGAAAGCUGUGGUGGAAGCUUCACCUCGAUCGGCGACAUAUACCCAAUGGUGGGCACCGUCGGCGUCCCCAUGACCACCAUCGAAGCCCGGCUAGAAUCGGUCCCCGAAAUGGGCUACGAUGCACUGGCCAGCGUGCCACGUGGCGAGAUUUGCCUCCGAGGGAACACAUUGUUCUCUGGCUAUCACAAGCGUGAAGAUCUCACGAGAGAGGUCCUCGUCGACGGCUGGUUCCACACUGGCGACAUUGGAGAGUUGCAGCCCAAUGGAGCCAUGAAGAUCAUUGACAGGAAGAAGAACAUCUUCAAGCUGUCUCAGGGCGAGUAUGUCGCCGUGGAGAAUCUAGAGAACACUUACUCCCGAUGCCCUCUUGUCGCUUCGAUUUGGGUGUACGGCAAUAGUUUCGAGUCGUUUCUUGUGGCUGUUGUCGUGCCAGACAAGCAAGCGAUCGAGGAGUGGGCUAAGCAGCAUAAUGUGGCGGGGGAUUAUACGGCCUUGUGCGAGAAUAAGACUGCCAGGAAAUAUGUUCUGGAUGAGCUGAACAGCACUGGAAAGAAACAUCAACUGAAAGGGUUUGAGAUGCUGAAAGGAGUUCACCUGGAGCCAGUUCCAUUUGGGAUGGAGAGGGAUCUUGUGACUCCAACGUUUAAGCUCAAGAGGCCUCAGCUGCUGAAAUACUACAAGGAACGCAUUGAUCAACUCUAUAGUGAAGCAAAAGAGUCCAAGGCUUGAGUUGGGACUGAAAGUUGCCUGAUUGAACUUAUAAUAUUAUGUCAAGGCUCCUAGACAUUCGUUGUCGCGAGAGCUAUAUCGUUGUUCAGUGUUCAUACACAGAUAAAGAUUGACUGCAAAAUCAUGAACAGAUUCAAUUGACAUUCUGAUCUUCCUACACUCAAUUGAAUACAUAUGGAACAAUAUCACAGCACAUUGCUUGACCAUUUCUAAUUAGUGCUUGCAUGAUUGCAUCUCAAACGAUGACUUUGCGAAACACAUAGCAUAUGAGAUUAACAGAAUAGAAUUGCUUGCUUCUUGUUUACAGCCACAGAUGAAUCUGCAGCACUCUGAUGGGCUAGACUUACAAGCAAAGUAGAAACCCAUGUGUGGUCAUUAAAAUACAGAGCCUUUU